AUGGAUGGGAACAACAAGUCAGUUUGUUUCCUAUUUGAUGGCGAUAAUUCCGAAUGUGUAAAAUAUGCUCUAAACUUGAUUAAGCGUGUUUUAGACUGCUGUUGCUACAAAGGGGACAAGAAGUUACUGCUGAUAUACAAUAGGUAUUGUUUCACUGAUGACGUUGACAUUCUCGAAAGGUUAUUUACUCCAAGUACGGAAUCGAGUAAAUUAAUAAAUCUUCACCAGGAUUAUAAAAAUUCUAGUGACUAUGACAAACUAAUUGAUGAUUUUUUAAAACAAUGUAUAGAAUCUCAGCCUUCAGAAACCCUAAGUUACACAGAUACCUUUCCUAUAAAUAAUACUUCGUCUAGUUUUAACACUUAUUCCAACACUCUUAAUAAUUAUUCCUCUCCCACCGAACAUACCUCAGAAAACACUCCAAACGAUAGCGUAACUGAUAUUAAGGUUUAUGCCGAAAAUAAUUCCGAGCACGAUGUUCGGCUCAUAACUUACUCCUAUGACUCUAUGGAUGAUUAUAUGGAUAAUGUGGACAAGCUGUUAAAUAGUUUGGAGAAUGUUGAGCACAUUUUUGUGACUGGGUUAUCAAAUUUACUAGAUGACGAGAUGUUUGAAGAAGAAGAGGAGGAAGAAUAUCAUGAGGUUGAUCAUCCUUUCAGUUUUAUUGGAUUUUCAGAAGAUGAGGUUAAGGUUUACGAUGAGGACCUUAUUAGCCUCUACUGUUUAUCUCUUGAACUGGUUUUAAACCACUUAAAACAGGAUGAAAACCAGCUAAUCAGUAAUUCAGAUUGUGGUUGUGACUUAAUACCCAAGUUCUUCCUAUUUGAUAGGCUUCCUUCAGACUCUGAUUCCGCCACCAAAUUCGCCAAAUUUAUCUCCGAUCGCUUCAAUCGCACUUACUUUAUUCAUUAA